AAAUGACCACGGCCAAGUGGCAAACAAUGUUCAAAAAGGAGGAUGUUUUCGCAGCAAAGGAAGCGCCAACGCGACCUUCGGUUUCGCGAAGCUCAACUCAAGCCUCAGUACCCACAUCGAAGCCAUAGAAGCACUCUAUUUGCGACUUGAAAUGUGGGAUAUAAUCCUUUUGGAACAUAGCAAAGCACAGCGAAUGGAUUACGGAAUCUCGGCCACCGACGACAUAUCCGACUUGACGCCUCGAUCUUCAAAACUGACAUUCGUCCUUGCACGUACAUUAACUCAGCCUCGAACACGCUCGCACACCGCCUCAUAUGUCCAGACUUGCUGCUGUUGCGUACGUAGUCUUAGCUCGAAAUUUGGCGCCAUACGACAGCAAGGCAGGGGAAAUCGAGGCGCAUGGUGGGCGAGUAUCCUCUUGGAACGUAUGCAAAGCGUAGUGGGCACAUGGCAGCUCCUGCUGGAGCCUCCACACUACACUGGCAAGGAAUAAAACAUCCAGACAAGCUCCGUGGUUCAGGGGUUCAGUGCUGAACCACCAUUCGGUGGUCAGAUUGUGCUGAGGUUAUCAUCCAGAGAAGUGAACAAUCGAGGAAUGGUAGAUAGGCGUGCUCAGGCGACAAAUCUCUCGCGGGCAUUGUGCAUAUGACGAGUAUGCUCAGAUCAUCGGCUCAAGUGCGAGAAAUACCAACAGAAAACAUUUUCAAG